AUGGACGAUCUUUACGACGAGUUCGGGAACUACAUUGGGGAGGCUGAAGAGUCUGAAGAGGAGCUUAGACAUGGCGAAUCUCGCCCAGACGCAUACGCUUACGACCUCGAGUCGGAGGAAGAUGAAGAGGCUGGAGAAGGGCCUGCUCAUGAUCAGCAAUUGAUGGAGCUAGAUGAACAAGGUCCUUCGAAUGCGGUCAUCCUACAUGAAGAUAAACAAUAUUACCCAACGGCCCAGCAGGUGUAUGGCGAAGGCGUGGAGACGCUUGUCGAGGAAGAAGAUGCGCAACCGCUGACCCAGCCCAUCAUCGCCCCCGUCCAGCAGAAGAAAUUCGCGGUCCAGGAAGCGGACCUUCCCUCCGUUUUUUAUUCACGCGAAUUUAUGACUGACCUCCUAAAUUUCCCCAACCAAACCCGAAACAUUGCCCUUGCUGGCCACGUGCAUCAUGGAAAAACCGCGUUUAUGGAUACUCUCGUAAUGCAAACGCACGACCUGUCGGAACGGCUGGAUAAAAGGAUUGGCAGACGGAAAGAUGAGCAACUACGUUAUACAGAUGUCCAUUUUGUCGAACGGGAACGUGGUUUAUCUAUCAAAUCUGCUCCCAUGAGUUUGGUCUUACAAGGCACGCGCGGGAAAUCACACCUUUUCAAUAUCAUUGACACCCCCGGACACGUAAAUUUUGUUGACGAGGUUGCUGCUGCGUUCAGAUUGGUUGACGGCGUUGUCCUGAUAGUUGACGUUGUUGAAGGGGUGCAGAUCAAUACGGAGCAGAUAAUCAAAUAUGCUGUGCUGGAGGAUUUGCCUCUCACGCUGGUCGUGAACAAGAUGGAUCGACUCAUCCUUGAACUAAAACUUCCCCCCUCGGACGCUUAUUUCAAAUUAAAACACGUCGUCGAAGAAGUGAACACGGUUAUCGAACGGACCUUACCUGGCCAAGGCGAAAAGAGGAGAUUGAGCCCGGAGAAAGGGAAUGUCGCAUUCGCCUGCACCAGCAUGAACUGGUGCUUUACGUUACAGUCAUUUGCGAAGAUGUAUGCUGACACCUACAAGGGCAUUGAUAUUGCAGAAUUCGGUGCCCGUCUCUGGGGCGAUAUCUUUUUUAACCCCAAAAGCAGAAAGUUCACCCGCAAGGGCGUUGAAGAGCGCUCGAAACGGACUUUCGUCCAUUUUGUUUUGGAGCCUAUCUACAAGAUCAUUUCUCACACCAUUUCUGAGAGCCCGGAGGACCUAAAAGAGACUCUAGCCACCCUAGGAAUAUUCCUAAAACCUUCCCAGCUGAAAUCGGACGCGAAGAUCCUACUAAAGCUUGUUUGCGAACAAUUCUUCGGGCCUGUUGAUGGAUUCGUUGACAUGGUGGUCCAGCACAUCCCCUCACCAAAGGAUAAUGCACAGAAGUUGCUCGAGAAAUACUACACUGGACCUCUGGAUACAAAAGUGGCGGCUUCAAUGUCAACAUGCGACCAAGACGGACCUUUGGUAAUCCAGGUAACAAAACUAUACAGCACUCCUGAUGCAUCCAAGUUCAACGCCUUCGGUAGAGUAAUGAGUGGUGUUGCUCGACCGGGUCAGCAAGUACGGGUUUUGGGAGAGGGCUACACCAUCGACGACGAGGAAGAUAUGGUCAUUGCCACAAUAGCGGAUACUUGGAUUGCGGAGACCAGAUACAACAUCCCUACAAGCGGUGUCCCUGCCGGAAACUGGGUGCUUCUAUCAGGUGUAGAUAAUUCCAUAGUAAAGACCGCUACACUGGUUCCCCUGAAACUUGAAGAUGAUGAAGACGCUUAUAUCUUCAAGCCGAUAAAGCACAUGACCGAAUCUGUUUUCAAGGUUGCAGUUGAACCCAUCAAUCCCUCCGAACUCCCCAAGAUGCUUGAGGGUCUUCGAAAAAUCAACAAGAGCUAUCCAUUAAUAUCUACCAAGGUCGAGGAAUCAGGUGAGCACAUUGUUCUAGGAACGGGAGAACUUUACAUGGAUUGCGUCCUCCAUGACCUCCGCCGCCUUUACGCAGAAAUGGAAUUGAAGGUCUCAGAUCCAGUCACUCGCUUCUGCGAGACGGUCGUCGAAACUUCAGCCAUUAUGUGCUACGCCAUAACCCCUAACAAGAAAAACAAAAUCACAAUGAUUGCAGAGCCUCUGGAUGAUGGAAUUGCGGAAGAUAUUGAAAGCGGACGAGUUAGCAUACGCGACCCCAUCCGCAAAGUCGCUCAGUUUUUCGAACAGAACUAUGACUGGGAUAAACUGGCUGCGCGGAGUAUUUGGGCAUUUGGGCCUGAGGAAAUGGGUCCCAACAUCCUCCAGGAUGACACUUUACCUUCUCAAAUAGAUAAAAAGCUCCUGGGGACCGUGCGGGACUCCAUACGGCAGGGUUUUAGUUGGGGAACUAGGGAAGGACCCCUGUGCGAAGAACCCAUCCGCAACACCAAAUUCAAACUCACGGACAUAUCCCUCGCCGACCAAGCUAUCUUCCGUGGUGGUGGCCAAAUAAUCCCGACAGCCCGACGCGCCGUCUACUCCUCCUUCCUCAUGGCCUCACCCCGUCUCAUGGAGCCCAUAUACACCUGCUCCAUGACAGGGCCCGCUGACUCCGUUGCGGCCAUCUACACCGUCCUUUCUCGAAGGCGCGGCCACGUUCUCUCCGAUGGCCCCAUCGCUGGCACCCCACUUUACGCCGUCCGUGGCCUAAUCCCUGUCAUCGACUCAUUCGGCUUUGAGACAGAUCUGCGCAUACACACGCAGGGCCAGGCGAUGGUGAGUCUUGUCUUUGAUAAGUGGAGUGUCGUGCCUGGGGAUCCGUUGGAUAGGGAUGUGAAGCUGCGGCCGUUGGAUAUGGCGAGUGCGAUGGCGACGGCGAGGGAUUUUGUGCUCAAGACUAGGAGGCGCAAGGGGCUAGCGGAAGACGUGAGUGUUAGUAAGUUUUUAGAGCCGGAGCUUUGGAGAGGGUUGAGGGAGAGUGGCGUGUUAGGGGAGGGGUAGUAGGAACUGGUGUUUUUCUUCUCCUUAUUGCUCCUGGCUAUUUCCGCAACGUAGUUUGAUAUGUUUGAAGGGUCUUCACUUUAGUUGGCUUGCAGGUAUUUAUGUACAAUUACGGUGGGGAUUGAUUUUGCUUGUAUUCACCGGCAAGAUUAAAAAAGAGAAAAUGCAUUGAGUGGAAAUUACAUGGUAUAUAAUGUAUAGAAUUUCUAUAUUGCAACGAUCAAUCUAAAGCGCAAUUAAUCUCGUUUUC